AUGGCCGUAUUUUCCGUGAUCAGUGACGCUGUAUACAUGAUCGUCAAUGUAGUCAUUUCGUAUAUGUUGAUACUAGCUAUAAGUCAUGGAAAUCAGACUCUCUCAGUGAUCACGCUCUUAAUGGGUUUAGGUUCCGUUGGGCUGAGUCUGUGUCAACAUGCUUCGAUGCAUUUUCUCUCCAUGUACGGUGUAUGCUGGUCCUCUAUUACUUUGAAAUUCACCGAAGAUGACUUCGUAAUAAUCGGGUCCACAUAUGCCAUCUGCGCUUUGUUCUGCAAUCUGAUUGUCAUCGUUUCAGCCUGGUUCUACCUCCACAGAUCUCUGUUAUCAGAGGGAGUCCUUAGAAGGACGAAUACAGUCGCAGGCACUUUAUUGAAAGAUGGAACGAUGUAUUUUAUGGCUCUCUCAGCCCUCCACUUCCAAUAUGUCAUUGAUUACGCAUGCACUUUCACAUGCAACCCUAGUGGUGAUCUGUAUAACAUAUUGGCUGUCACGAGCGGACCAUCGCAACUACUACCCUCUAUUCUCUUGUCCCGUUUGCUGCUCCAUCUUCAUGAAGCCUCGUCCGGCGAAUAUUCUGGGACACACAACGGUGGGACACACACCGGGACCUGGCUCCAAGACCUUGAAUUUGCACGCUCGCAGAUCUUGUCCUCCGAGCUUGUGCCGCAGUCAUCAGCCAAUGAAGCAGAAGUGAUGGACGCAGAUGGAGCGGGAUACAAUGAUCCAGAGAAUGGAAUGAAUCAAGAGGAAUAG